AGAUGGCGCUCGCCAGUGCUUCAAGGGACUCGAUAGGCGCUGUUUUCUCGCCUGCCUUGUUGCCCCAAUCAAAGGUGGCGGUCGGGAACGCUCCGGGUUAUUAUCCUCCCUUCCCAUCUCUCCUUUUCUUCCAUCUCGCCGGUCUCCCCAUCUGAGAAUCGGGAUGAUGGCGGCAGCAUCUGCCGAGGUGGAGUACGAAUCAGUGCUGUGUGUGAAACCCGAUGUUAGCGUCUUUCGGAUCCCCCCGAGGGCCUCGAACCGAGGAUACAGGGCCUCUGACUGGAAACUGGACCAGCCGGACUGGACAGGACGCCUCCGUGUUACCUCUAAAGGCCAAGUUGCAUAUAUCAAACUAGAGGACAAAGUUUCAGGGGAGCUUUUUGCUCAGGCUCCGAUAGAUCAAUAUCCUGGCAUUGCUGUGGAGACUGUGACUGAUUCCAGUCGGUACUUUGUCAUCCGGAUUCAGGAUGGGAAUGGGCGAAGUGCUUUCAUUGGCAUUGGCUUUGGAGACAGGGGAGAUGCCUUUGACUUCAACGUUUCCUUGCAGGAUCACUUUAAGUGGGUGAAACAGGAGACGGAAAUCUCCAAGGAGUCACAGGAAAUUGACAGCCGUCCCAAGCUUGACCUAGGCUUUAAGGAAGGACAGACCAUUAAGCUAAACAUUGGGAACAUGCCAACAAAGAAAAGUGGGUCAACCAAGCCACGUCCAGCUGGAUCAGGGGGACUAAGCCUGCUCCCACCACCUCCUGGGGGAAAAAUUGUCCCUCCCCCUGUCCCACCUUCUUCCUCGACGGCUAUUUCUAAUCAUGUCACACCACCACCGGUGCUGAAAUCCAGUAAUGUGGGCAACACAGAUAUCCUGCUAGACUUUGACUUGCCACCUCCCGUUUCAAAGGCGCCUGCACCUGCCGUGGUUCCAGGCACCACAGACCUCUGGGGAGACUUCAAUACUGCAUCCAGCACAGUUCCCAGCCAAUCUCCUCAGCCACCCAAUUGGGUCCAGUUUUGAAGGCAUCCACAUUGGUGAAGUGGGAGUGGACCAAUGACCAAGACUCAAGGGGCCUCAAGUAGGAUGAGAAUGAGCUGACGGCCUUGGCUCUUCAGUCAAAACUUGAUUUCUGGACAAUCCUGCUUUUGUUAAUGUUUUCAUUUGUAUUGACACUCAUCGUUUUUCUGUCAUGCAACAGAACCACAAAAACCUGUGGGGAAAUGCUUCAGAAUUCUGCUUUGUGAUAACGGGGAGGGGGGGCGGAGGGCCCUGGCUGGCUUCUAUAAAUUUACCCACCUGUUUCAUGGCUGCCUCUUUGAGGAAAAUUAAGCUGAUGCUCUGUGGAUAGGUGAAGAUUGAGCAGACUUGGCUUUCAAUGUGGCUUUUCUCCAGACCUCCCAGAGAAGCAAUGAACUUUGCUGGGGCAGGGUGAUUAGCAGCCCGAGAAAUACAGUACACUCUGACAGUAUAAUUGACACUGAUUUGUACAGAGCAACCAAGUAGGAAAACAAAGCCAUUCCUAAAGAAGCCAUCCUGGAGUUAUCUUCUCCCUGGGACAGGUUGCUUGGUCAUAGUAUCUUUGUGAUGGAAUUAGUUCAGCCCUUCCUCAAAUGUUGUUUCUCCCUUCAAAUCUGUAUGGGGUCUGUGUAUAAAUUUAUCUAUUAUGGAUGCUUGUCAUUAGGUGUCUACUCUGAGUGAGCAUCUACAGAUCCCCCACCUCCUCCUCCUGAGCACUAAAGAUAGUUGGACCCUUUACAACUGGAAAUGCGUGAAAAGAACCCUAACAUGCAAGAAACUCUCCUGCUUCCAUCCUUAAGAGGGAACAAGAGCAGGGCCAUCUGCAUGUCAGUCAAUACCAGUAGGAUUUCUGUUUCUUCUAGAAAUCAUGUAUCUAGACUUGCAGUCUCCUGGCUAAUGUGAAAGAAGUCUAGGCACUUAAUUUAUUGUUUAUGGCCAAUGGUAGGCUGCUGUCACCUAACUGGCCAAAGUAGCAGAGAUACCCCUGUACAGACUUCCAAAAAUGAAUUUCAGGUUUUGAGGAAGCCAAUUUCCUCAUUUUACUUGUUGGCCAGUGUGAUUUACCUUGUUAUAUCUCUCCCUAGCAAAUAUUAGUGGAUCAUGAAGUCUCUUCCUUGCUGCAUAUCUAGUGCAAAGGUCCUUAUUUUUUGGUUCCUCUGUCCUUUCUUUCCACCAGCUGUGCAGGUUUGCCUUUGCACUCCUCCCUUGUACUCUGUGGGCUGGAAAUGACUUUAAAAUGACCUGUUUUGCUUGCCCCUCUAGCAGUAAGAUCUACUUAAUUGCUGAACACUAGAUCUGUAAGUUUUACAGUGGUCUCUUCUCAUAAUGCCAGUAGGCAGUAGUCACUAUCCUAUAAUAUCAGCUGGAGGCUUAUGUAUGUAGACACAAUUGUUGUCCUCUUGACCCCGUGGCUUGAUGCUUCAGUUAGGGCACAUCUGAAUAAUCCCUGAUGUUUUCUUGUUUGCUCAUGUCCUUGUCAACCCUUUACGCUUUCUCUCAGUUAUUUGAUGCCAGAAUAACAGAGAGAAACCUGGUUCAUUAGUAAUUGAGAAGGAAAGUCUACUAAGGAGUUUUGUAAAGUUCUAUGCACGUCUAGUCUCUGAUUUCUGGGAACUUCACUUGUGGAAAAUAGGGACUGGGGUCUGUUUUUUAAGGCUGUACAUGCUUUAAAUACCCAUGGAUCCAUCCAUGUCUCUUUCACACACACAUACACACACAGCCUAUCUGUUUCAAUUAGAUUAUCUUUCCAUUUUUUCAUUUCUGGUUAUAAACUGUUUUCCACCUACCCCCAAGUUCUUUUCCUAGUGCUAUCAUAUAAGCCAGCCCAAGAAUCCUAGAAUCUAGCUAAAUAUACCACAUCAGUGGCAGGUCCUCUCAUUUCAGCAACUGCUCAGACCUCAAGUAUUUGGUAGUAUCCCGAAGAGACUAAUCAGGACCCUCUCCAGUUUAUGUUUUUUUAAGUUAGUAUUAUCAAGAUAAUACAGUAUGUAUUGGCAAAAACUGAAGUAAAAUUUCAUUUAUAUGUAUAUAAAGCAUAAGAUGUACUGGUACAAUACUAGCAAUUAAAACCACGGAUAAAAUUGGAAAACAUG